AUGACUCGCUUGAGAGUAGCUUUCCUAGGGCCACUGGCAUCCUUUUCGCACCAGGCCGCCGCAGACUCCUUUAGCAAAUUGACUGCCGAUCUCCUACCUCACGCCUCAUUCGCAGAUGCCUUCGCCGCACUCCAAAAUAAAGAAGUCGACUACGCCGUGAUCCCGUGCGAGAACUCGACCAAUGGCUCGGUCGUCCAGACGCUAGACCUUCUGGCAGACCGGGAAGAUGCAUAUACAGACGUAAAAGUAUGCGGGGAGCAUUACUUGACAGUCCACCACUGUCUGUUGGCGCGCAAAGGCUUAUAUCCCGGUGGUUGGGCGGAGUAUGACGGCUCAAUAACCAAGCUCUAUACACACCCGCAGGCAUGGGGCCAAUGCGAAAACUUCCUGUCGAAACAUUUCAAGGGCGUCGAGAGACAAGAUGUCUCAUCUACAUCCAAGGCGGCGGAGAUUGUCUCGAAGGAUAUGGUUGAACGAGGCGCUGCCAUUGCCAGUCGCUUUGCGGCGGAACACCAUGGGACGGAUGUGCUGCGGGAGGAUAUUGAGGACAGGGCAGACAACACUACGCGUUUCCUCAUUUUGAGAAAUGUGCUCAGUGAACGAAGUGCGCAGCUUGAAUUUGAGCAGCCGAGUCCGCCUACGGUGGGAGGCCAGACCGCUCAACUUACCCACAAGACUUUGAUUACUUUCACGAUCGAUCAUUCUUCUCCCGGUGCUUUGGCGAAUGCGCUGCUCAUUUUCAAGGCUCAUGGACUGAAUCUCACGACCAUCAAUACAAGACCGAGUUUGAAGAAACCGUGGCAGUAUAUCUUCUUCGUUGAGUGUGGGAAAACAGCAUCGGAAGGGAACGGAGAGGCUGUCCGCAAUGCUCUCCAUGAUUUGCGACAAGUCACUGAGACAUGUAGGGAUUUUGGGACGUGGAAAGACCAGCUGAGGGCAAGCAAUGUUUGA